UCUAAUUCAACCCAAAGGUGUUCUAUCAGGUUGAGGUCAGGACUCUGUUCAGGCCUUAUUAAUAAUUGUGAAUUUAUUUUAAAUAAAUUUUCCUGAGUGUGAAAGAGGUGCAAUGCACAGUUUCAGGUACACCGAAACAUUUCCGGAUGAAAUGCUGCGCACACUACCGGUGUGUUCGGUCUCGAGCUGCAUCUUAAUUGUGUCUGUGAGCUGAUUGGUUGUUGUGGUGCAGACCAGGUGAAGCGUGUUACACGGCUGCUAUAUAAGCAGGUCAUCUCGUGCCACAACUUUAACCUUAAGUCUAUCUGGACACUAAAAAGCUCGAAGCAUCAUGUCUGGUCGUGGGAAGAAAAUUGUAGCGGCUGCUAAGACCAAGUCCUCCGUGUCCCGCUCCACACGUGCUGGGCUUCAGUUUCCGGUUGGCCGCAUCGCACGCCUCCUGAAGAAGGGCAACUACGCGCACAGGGUCGGUUCCGGUGCUGCUGUUUACCUCACCGCGGUUCUGGAGUAUCUGUCCGCGGAGGUGCUGGAACUGGCCGGAAACGCCAGCAGAGAUAACAAGAAGCUGCGCAUCGCUCCACGCCACAUUCAGCUGGCUGUGAGGAACGAUGAGGAGCUGAACACGCUGCUGGGGGGAGUCACGAUCAGUGAAGGAGGAGUGCUGCCCAACAUCCAGGCUCAGCUCCUGCCCAAGAAGACCAAGGCACCUCGAGAGGCCAACACCAGCAAGGAUGUUCAGUCCCAGGAGUUUUAAAGACCUCCAAUAUGUGCA